AUGAUCGCUAUCUAUGGACUUACUUUGAUUUCCUUGCUUUCGAGCGUAACUGCUCACUCAGCUUUCUUUCACCCUAGUAUGUGGGGGUUCAAUGUCACCGACAAGGACUUUCCGUACGAUAAUCGUCCUGUAUCCCCUCUCCGAGACAUGACGUUCAAUGAAUGGUGGUUCCACAAUCACCUCGACUUCCCGCCUCACCCUGAGGACAAGUUCUUGCUACCAGCCGGGUCCGCUGCAACAGCCGAGAUUGCCUGCACCAAAUCAGCCACUUCCUACCACGCCUCCUCUGAAGGAGGAGACAUUCGCGACCCUAACGACCCCAACAACCCGUGCCCCAAUUCACCGUCAAUCGCUUUCCACGCUCACAACGAGGAGGACGCGAUGGGCUGUGCGUUGGCGAUUGCCUAUAAGAGCGAUGUCAACGAGGUCACCCCAGAAGACUUCACCGUAUUCAGCGUAAACCACACCUGCGUCUGGAACCGCUUCACCGACUUCCAAGUUCCCAAGCGCAUGCCACCCUGCCCCGAAGGUGGAUGCAUCUGCGCUUUCUUCUGGGUUCACAGCGAGAACGGAGGUGGAGAGGAGAAUUACAUGAACGGUUUCCGAUGUGAUGUUACUGGCGCAGAGGCGAAUGUAAACGUCAAGGUCGCGAAGAGUCGAGUUGCUAGGAGGUGUGGGCGAGACGAGAAGCGCGGCAGAUUCACGAACGAUUUGGGUAACUGCACCGCUGGCGCCAAGACCCCCUUCUAUUGGGUUCAGGCCGAACGCAACAAUAUGUUCGAAGGGCCCCACUCGCCUCCCGUCUACAACGAUCUUUACGGCUUUUCUAACGGGGCUCAAGAUGAUAUCUUCGAAGACUCCUACAUCACCAGCCCUCUUCCCGAGCCUGCACCUGGUGCACCUGUCCCUGUCCUCCGAACUGUCUUCGACGGACCUCCUCCACCAGUGGGACCUGUCAUUGCUGUCCCGGCCGACCCUUCCCCUUCCCCUUCGCCCUCUUCCUCCUCUUCUCCAGUGGGACCUACCUCCAAUCCCGAACCCAUAUUCACUCCCCAGAAGGCAUGUCGCCUUCGCCGCCCCUCGGCGGGUUCGUCUUUGACCAAACGACAUGAAGAUGAAAUUCGCCUCGAGGACUGCAACCCUAUCGGUCUCUUUGGCAGGCGACUGUACUCGUACACGAAGAAACAUCGCAGAGGUGUGCACCCCAGCGAAGCUUCUAAGCUGUGGUGGGGACUGUGGUAG